AGCUUUGGGCUGAAAUUAGGCAAGUGGCCGGUUUUUCGAUGCUUUUGAUGGAGAGAUGAAGUUUGGCAAGCAGUUGGAUCGGCACAAGAUUCGUGGAUGGGAUGCGUUCUACAUCGAUUACAAUGGCCUAAAGAAGUCGCUGAAGGAUCGCGGUAGCCCAACUGGCGACAUCUUGGAUCAGGAAGCCCAGGUGAGCUCUGAGUGGCUCAGUGAGCUGCGGGCAUCUCUUGAGAGAACCAACGAGUUCUUCACUUCGAUGUCUGAGCAGGUGGAGGAUCGAUUGGAGGCUGCAAGAGAGGAGCUCCAGCAGAACCAGGGCUUGGAGCACGAGCCACAACUGCGGAACCACUUGCAGAUGAUGGUGCAGGAGCUUCAAGGCACCUUGCAAGAGUUGACCCACUUCUGCGAGGCCAACGACACGGCCUGCUACAAGAUCCUCAAGAAGCACGACAAGCAGACGGGCCUGAACCUCAUGGACACCAUGUUACCACAAAUGAAGAAGGAGGCCUUCAGCGAUCCUGGCAAAGCCCGGCUGAGUGACCUCCAGAAGCGGCUCCGGAGAUUUGGAGAUGAGCUAGGUGUGGAGGAAAUCUCGUGGGCACUGGAGCGAACUGAUGACACCUGGCAGGUGGCAAGGAUCUCAUUCUGCCUGGGUGUCAUCUCGAUGGCUCUUUUGGUGUUGCUGGUCUUGUCCGGCAUGGAGCCCCAAAUCGACCAAUACUCGGCCGAGGAUCUCGCAGCCACCAUCCCUGUGCUGCGCCUGUCCUUCAUGAUGAAUCUGACUGCUUGGCUUGCUGGCAGCUGUGCAUGGGUCUUCGAGCAUUACAAGAUCAACUACUUGUUUCUCUUGGACAUCUCUCCCGACCUGGAAGUCUCCGCCAUGGCGCUGAUGAACUAUGCAUCGCUGCAGACCGGGGUUUGGAUCCUUCUGACCUUUUGCUUCCUAGCGGACAUGAAGUUCGGCGCUGUGCUGGUGUUGCUCACUCGGGAGGACUACGACUUCUCCUUAGCACAUGUCUACGCUUGCGCCGUGCUCUUCGCCCAGUUUGCCAUCUGCGUUUGGCACAGCACCCGUGCCCACCGGCACCUCUUUGUGCGCUUGCUCGUGCGGAUCUUUUGCUUCUCCUGCUUGGGGGAAGUGAGCUUUGCCGAGAAUGUCGUCGCCGAUGUGCUGACUUCCCUUGGGCGACCCUUGAAGGACGUGGCUUACACUGUCUGUUACUUCAGGCAUUGGCACACAGACCAUGACCGGGAAGUGCGGCAAAUCUGUAAGAGCUCCGCCUGGACGAGCCCCAUGUUGCAGUUCUUGCUGCUCUUGCCCUUGCUCUUUCGGGUGGCGCAGUGCUUGCGGCGCCUCAAAGACAGCCCCCGCUCGGAUGCCGUGAAGCACAGCUUGAACUGUGGGAAGUAUUUGCUGGCGGUGCUGGUGAGCUUGCUGAACUCCAUGAGCGUCCCACCUAGCGGAUGGACAACCUUCCAGCUGAAAUUGGUGCAAGUCUUCGGCUACGUGGCGGCCACUGUGUAUGCCACGGCCUGGGAUCUCACUGUGGACUUUGGGCUCACACAUUCCAACCGCCGCCGCAUCUACCCUAACGCCUCCUACUUGAUCGCCGCGGCACUGGACACCUCCCUCCGGAGCACCUGGCUCCUGACACUGCAGCCGGACUGUCGACGGUACGUGGGCGCCAGCACCUUCAACAAGGAGUGCUUCGCCUUUUUGAUCAGCUUCCUGGAACUCUUCCGACGAAGCAUGUGGGCGACUGUGCGCAUUGAGCACGAGCACCUCUCGAACGCUGGACGCUUCCGGAGCGUUUGCUGGGUGCCGCCCUUGGAGCACCGUCGCUCGAAGGCACCGGUGACGGCGGCCGAGCGCUGGGAAAUGCUGAAGCGACGGGCCACCGUGGUGGCGCUGGUGAACGACGAGUUGAAGCAUCCGCCACUGUCCAAGUACAACAGCUGGGCCGCAGAGCCGUUGGUUGGUGGGCUUUGCUCUCCCAGGUCGUUGUCCCAGUUGAGGAACGACUCGCCCGAGGAGGAUCUGACUCAAAGGAGCCAUAUCCAUCGGCGACGCAGCUUCCAAUGAGGCAGCUCGCUGGGACCGGUGGCUGGGCUUGGAGACGGUCCCAGCUUCGUUGGGUCUUCGCUCAGCCGCGGUCGGUGGAACCGCUGCACGUAGGGCGUCCUGGAAGCCGGUCGACCCGGAAGGUGGAAGGGGAAGGUGAUGUGCAGCCCCUGGGCCAAGAAGAAUGGCCUGGGCAUGCUUCGGCUGGAUCAAGCCAAAGCAAGCUUUUGUGUCCUUGGUUGUGCC